UCGUGAUAUUAUCCAGGAAGUAAACAUUCCAGUCAAUAAAUCUUGUUGUAAGCAAACGUCCUCGAGUAUUUUUUUAAUUAAUCUUCUGUAUUUAAAAUGCCUUUACUUUGUGGCGGAACAUCUGAGGCGAAAGAUGCCAAUGAAGAGGUGCAGAAAAUAUGCGAUGAGGUAAAGUCUCACGCCGAGGACAAAGCUGGCCGCAAGUUUGACGCUUUCACCGCAAAAUCUUUUAAAACGCAAGUUGUUGCGGGUAAAAAUUACUUCAUUAAGGUGCAUGUAGGUGAGGACGACUAUAUUCAUCUGCGUGUCUAUAAAACCCUGCCCCAUGCUGGAGAAAAACUGGAGCUGCACAGCAUUCAGACAUCCAAGGCUCAUCAUGACGCCAUUGAAUACUUCUGAAGUGGACCUCCAGAAAGAUCAACAUCAUUAUGAAUUUUGCCCAAAAUACUCAUGAAUCCCACAGUUACAGAGUAAAUGUUAUAUUAACAUCUAAAGAUGAAGCAUGUUAACCUGUGUAUUACAUGUGAUGAUCUUAUCAAUAAUUGACAUGCAUUUAUUGAAUAGUGGGUAAACACGACCUGCUGUGUAACUCAUUAAGAAAUCCUAAAUGCACGUCUCCAUUAUGUUUUUGGGAUAGUUGUAAAAUAACAUUUUCCCUCCCUUACACUUACUAGAACUUCUUACUAGAACUCACAUCUAGUUAUCCAUGCUAAUAGUUUGGUCUUCACAUUUUGGGUUUUGUACUUAGUGAUACUGAUGCAGUAAAUAGUAGUUUUAUACUCGACUGCUUACAAUGUAUUUUAUUUACAUAAAAUGCAUAGAUGGAAA